AUGGAACACUCUGCAAGUAAAUCACUCUCUACUUCAAAUAUAAAUUUGAUCGGUGAAGGAGAUACAACUCCUACUGGAUAUGUUACUAAUAGGAUCAUUAAAAGAAAACGCAGCGAAGACAAAUCUCUAGACUUUGAGAACUUCAAAGAGGAGAUGAAAGAAAUUAUUAAAUCUUUUAUGGUGAAGCAAGAAAGCGAAUCAAAGACCGUCAGUUCAUCGAUCAAGGAUAUUCGUCAGACGGUGAUAAAUAUAGAAAGCUCAUUGACAUUUCUGAGUGCCCAAAAUGAAGAUUUAAAAAAGAAACUCGAUACUUUAGAGAUAGAGAGAAGAAAGGAUCGGGACUAUAUCUCAAUUUUGGAGGAUAGGCUUGAGGACUCGUUAAGACAAAAUCGAAAAACAUGCAUUGAAAUAAAAAAUGUACCUAACAAAGAAAAUGAGACGAAAGAGGAUCUUCUUCAACUAACGUCAGAACUGUCAAAAACUGUAAAGUGUGAAGACUUCUCAAAAAAUGCCGUCAAGGACAUUUACAGAAUAAAAACAAAAGAAAAGUCAAAAAACAUAAUCGUAGAACUCACCUCAACAAUGAUAAAGACAGAUCUGAUUGCUGCCUGUAAGAGCUAUAACUACAAAAACAAGUCUGAUAAAUUAUGUGCCAAACAUCUGGGUUUUAAAGAAAAGGGUGAGACGCCGAUCUACGUCUCAGAGCAGCUGACGCCCAAGGCGGCUCGUCUGUACUUUCUAGCUCGGGAUCUCUCAAGAACGCAAUCCUACAAGUUUUGCUGGACAUCCUUCGGCAAAGUUUUUGUCAGAAAAGAUGAAAAAACGCCCGUUAUUCCUAUCGUUAGUGAAGCCCAGAUUCAAAAACUGUACCCUAAAUGA